UGCGCGCGGCGAGGGGCGGGGCGGGGCGGCAGCGUCCGGCGGCCAUGGCGGACACCGAGAAGCUCAACCUGGACUCCAUCAUCAGCCGCCUCCUGGAGGUGCAGGGCUCGCGGCCGGGCAAGAACGUGCAGCUGACGGAGAACGAGAUCCGAGGCCUGUGCCUCAAAUCCCGGGAGAUCUUCCUGAGCCAGCCCAUCCUGCUGGAGCUGGAGGCGCCGCUCAAGAUCUGCGGUGACAUCCACGGGCAGUACUACGACCUCCUGCGGCUCUUUGAGUACGGGGGCUUCCCCCCCGAGAGCAAUUACCUGUUCCUGGGGGACUACGUGGACCGGGGCAAGCAGUCACUGGAGACCAUCUGCCUGUUGCUGGCCUACAAGAUCAAGUACCCCGAGAACUUCUUCCUGCUGCGCGGCAACCACGAGUGCGCCAGCAUCAACCGCAUCUACGGCUUCUAUGAUGAGUGCAAGCGGCGAUACAACAUCAAGCUCUGGAAGACCUUCACUGACUGCUUCAACUGCCUGCCCAUCGCUGCUAUUGUGGACGAGAAGAUCUUCUGCUGCCAUGGAGGGCUGUCUCCCGACCUGCAGUCCAUGGAGCAGAUCCGGCGGAUCAUGCGCCCCACGGAUGUCCCGGAUCAGGGGCUGCUCUGUGACCUGCUCUGGUCCGACCCCGACAAGGACGUGCAGGGUUGGGGUGAGAACGACCGCGGUGUCUCCUUCACCUUUGGGGCCGAGGUGGUGGCCAAGUUCCUGCACAAGCACGACCUGGACCUCAUCUGCCGGGCGCACCAGGUAGUGGAGGACGGGUACGAGUUCUUCGCCAAGCGCCAGCUCGUCACCCUCUUCUCUGCACCCAACUACUGUGGGGAGUUCGACAACGCAGGGGCCAUGAUGAGCGUGGAUGAGACCCUCAUGUGCUCAUUUCAGAUCCUGAAGCCAGCGGACAAGAACAAGGGCAAAUACGGGCAGUUCAGUGGGCUGAACCCCGCCGGCCGCCCCGUCACCCCCCCCCGCAACUCUGCCAAAGCCAAGAAAUGAGGCCCGAGCCCCCCCCCUCCUCCCUCAGCAUCCGGUCGCUUUGCUUUCAACUCCUUUUGGGGGGGCUUUUUUAUUUGGAAGAUCCUGAACAGACCCCCCCUCCCCUCCCCUUUCUCCCUUCCCCAGCCACCACCACCCCAAUGCAAGCCCUAAGGGGGGGGCUCAAAGCCCCCAACCCUGUGGAGGUGGAGGGGCAAAGGGGGGGGGUGAGCAGGAGGGGUUUUUUUGGGGGAAUAAACUUGUAAUU